AUGGUUUUGGUGCUCACGGUACGGGUGGAGCUCUUGCUGGAGCAUCCCCCUAGUCCUUGCUCCUCUGGGCAGCUUCUUCUAGACCUGCAGAAGUGUGCCAUGGAGAUGCUCCAGGAGCAUGGGGCACCCUUGGCUGGUGUGGUCGAGUGUGUGAUGGACAUCCCCACCAUGGUGAAGAUGGUGCCCAUCAAGAUUGUGCACACGGAGAGCUAGCCGGAGAGCGAGCCACCUGCACAGCUCAGCAGGCUUGAGAAGGACCAGCUCAGGAUGCUGUGCAUGUUGGAGCAGUCCUACUCCAGCUUCUGCAUGUACAGCCACCAGGGUGCCCAGCCAGUGCCCCCUGGCCUGGACAACUGUGCCUCCCCUGCCGUGCUCAGCUACAUGAAGGCUAAGGAGUGUGAGGCCGUACAACCAAAGUUGGAGGAGCUGGCCUGGGAGGUCAUGGGCAAGGACAAGUCCCUGCCCAACAUCCUGGACCCCCGCGUGAAGAUGAGGACUGCCAUGGACCUGAUGGACAGCAUCUUCCCCAAAGAUGGGCACCUCGUGGAGGAAGCUCAGCAGCAGAGAAAGCUGCUCCCCAAAGCCCCCUCACCUGCUCCUGUGCUUUCCUGGAAGGGGGAGCCAAGCAUGCCUGCUGUCAAGCCACUGCUCACCAGCUCCGCCUACUACAGCACAUCAAACCCCAAGGCUAAGCUGUUGAUCAAGAUGAAGGACUUGCAGGACCAGCAGGAACCUGAGGAGGACUCAGCAAGUGACUUGGUCCAUGACCUGUCGGUGAAGAUGCAGGAGCUCAUUGAGAGCCUCAGCCACAAGCUAGAGGUGUUCUGGGAGGCCAGCAAGAGCCUGCUGGAGGACAACCAGGCCAACUACAUGCUUGGGGAGGCGGUGGAGGCCACCACAAGCUUCUGCAAGACCAACGAGUUUGACAAGUUCUGGAUGUUCAUCGGGGACCUGGACAAAGUGGUGAACCUGCUGCCAUCUUGGUCAGGACUCCUGGCCCGCCUGGAAAACACAGUCAAUAACCUGGACAACAAGGUUUCUCCUGGAGAUCAGGGAGGUAUACUUGAGAAGAAUAGAUUACUGAUAGAGCAGCACCCAGAAGCCAAGGAGCUCGAGGAGAACCUGGACCUCCGCGAGUGCAUCGUCUUCAACACCCAGACCAGCUACCUCGGGGAAGAGAGCCUGGCCGACUGCGAGCACAUCGUUAAGAUGAUGGCUCUGAGCAUCGAGCAGCGUGAGCUGAAGGACAAGAUCCUCCUAGGCGAGGAGCCGCUCAACUGCUUGUUCUCGGGCCUUCAGCCCGAGAGAGGCCAAUGGGCGCCUGUGCGGCCCAGGAGGGACUCAGCGGGGCGCCUCCCCGGCGCCGUGACACCCACCUGCGGGCACAGACCCCUCCGGUGCCCACGCGCUCUGAGAAAAGCAAUAAGCCCCCUGGUGUUUGGGAAGACGUGGUGUCAAGUUUUGGUCCCCUGGUGCGGAGCAGGCCGCCGGGCCGCUGUUCCCCGCGGAAGGAGAAAUUCAGGGCAGUGGCCUCUGACGCACCUCCUGGAAGCUGCAGCCUUUGCAGGUGGUCACCGGGCAAGCGGGGCAUGGGUGAGCUCCGAGUCGCCCCCCGAGGUGGCUGGAGUAAAAGGACCUGGUUCCAAGUGUCUGCUGAUAAAGCGCGGCCGCCUAUUUGUUUCUGAGGCCCGGGCGCUGUUUCUGAGCGCACCUUCCCACCAGGACCUCGUUCUGCGUGGGGGUGGCCCUCGAGGCACAUGGGUCUUCGCUGUGUGGGCUCUUCUGCCGCUCCGCCUGCGGCAGGGCAGGGGCCUCCCUCGGGGUGCUCAGGGACGCCUGGGCCCUGCAGCCGCUGAGCUUACCACGCGCCGGGCACUUGGCCCUCACGUUGAUUCCCCGAACACCAGGGCCCGGCCAGCGGGAAGGGGCAGGCUCGCGGGGAGCACCCGCAGUAGUGCGCGUGGCCGACUUCCGUGGGGAGCCCUGGAGGCCUGCCCCGAGUGGCGUGGGAGCCCUGAGCGGAGGGUGCGGGCUGCCUGCUGGCCAGGUUUGACCCCGCGCCGACGCGCUGGCGAGCGCGUCCCUCCUCGGAUGAGUGCUGGGUGGUCAGCGGCGAGGACGCCGGGGGCUUCAUCUUAA